AUGGCGGGCUUCCUGUCAAAACUCACACUUAGUAUCGUCGGACUCGGCAGCAAAGCGCUCAUGAGAGGCGGGUUUUGCUCUUCGGUCACCGUGAAGGGGAUGGACAAUCUCCUGAGAGCCUUGGAGAGCGACGAGCGCAAUAAAGGACGUGGGAUCGUCACGAUGUCCAACCAUAUAUCCACACUGGACGAUCCUGUCGCAUGGGGUGUUCUCCCUACACGCUUCUAUCGCGACUCGCGCAGGAUUAGGUGGACGCUCGGCGCCUCGGACAUAAUGUUCACAAAUCCUGUCUUCUCCACGUUCUUUCGGUACGGCCAAGUUAUCGAGACCUUCCGUGGCAAGGGCAUUUUCCAGCCCGCCAUAGACACCGCCAUUCAGAAGCUGAACCGAGGAGACUGGAUACAUCUAUUCUCUGAGGGCAAAGUCAAUCAGGAGUCCAGCGACCCGGCAAGUCCGAACGCCGCCCGUCUAUUGAGGUUCAAGUGGGGAAUCGGUCGUAUCGUGAUGGAAGCGCAACAGCCGCCAAUAAUCAUUCCAAUGUGGUUGACCGGUUUCGACAAGUUGAUGCCAGAAGGUCGCUCGUUUCCGUACAAGUUCCUUCCUAAACCCGGAGCCGAGCUCAGCGUCACAUUCGGCGAACCUGUCCCUGUCCAGGACCUCCAAGAGGCGUUGGACAAGCUCGUGCGCGAAAAGCAGUUACCGGAAGCUCCCAACAGCACGCACGGGGAGAUUGCGCGAGUGCGGAGUGCGGUCACUGCGGUCAUUCAACGGGAAGUUGAGGCGUUGGGACGACGAGUGUUGGGCUUGGCCAAAGGGGAUUGA